AUUGAUUCUUAUUAUCUCAAAAAAUGGAUCCAGAAAUUGAUCAAGUGCAGAACACAGCAGAAAAUACCGAAAACACAGAAAGCAAGUUUGAUAUCAGCAGCAGUAAAGGCCUAGUUGAUAUCGACUGGGAUGUGAAUAUUGUAGCAGGAGGCAAAGGUAUAGACAGGCUGUUCAAAAGAGUUGCCUCUAUAAAAAUAACUGCUGAUAACAACAAAGCUGCUUCAGGCACUAAUAAAAGGACCAACCAAGUAGAGUUCGAAAUCGAUACUCAAUCAGGCAAUGAGAUGAUAAGAAAGCUAGAAGAGCUAGAGAGAGUAUUUACGCUAUAAUUUCAAUCCCACAGGAA